AUGGACGGUUACAACAGUAACAUGAAUCAGCAGCAGCAUCAGCAGCAGCAGCAACAGCAACAACAACAACAGCAGCAACAGCAACAACAACCAAUGAUGGACAUGUCAAUGGACUCUUACAUGAAUAGUAUUGUCCAACAACAACAACAGCAACAACAGCAGCAACAGCAACAACAACCACAACAACAACAUCAAAUUCCACCAUUGCUCAUCCCACCCAACACAUUGAGCAACUCACUAAACACAUUCAACUCAAUAAUUGACGAUGGCAAUACAAAGAAGAGAAAGGUGAAGAACGACGACGGCACCUACACAGAGAUCAGCGUGUCGCCCGGCGGCCUGCAGAGCUCGGGCAGCUCCUACCUGAUGGACACAUUCCAGCAGCUGCAGCAACACCAGCAGCAGCUGACCGGCUUCCAGAACCAGUUCAACACCUCGCCCACUUCAUCAAACACACCCUCGUCCCCAUCCAACUCGGGCUCCUUCCAGCUGCCACAACCCCAGCAGCAGCAACAGCAACAGCCACAACAAAUCAUGUCCUCGACCUUGUAUCCCAUUCCACAGAUCUCGAUCACAACGACGGCCGCUGGCGGCAUGGGUAUGAUGAAUCCCAUGGGACUGUCGCCUCGCGGCGUGUCGCCCGGUCACUCGCCACAGCACUCGCCACUCGCCUCACCACAUCACUCGCCCGUACACUCGCCACUCAUGCACUCGGACAACUAUCUGUCGUUGGAGAACGAUGGCUCGGACCCGCUGUCGCCACUGAUCUCGUACGGCGAGCGCGACCCACCCUUCCAAUGGACACACUACCAGCAGGAGCAAUGGUACAGGACGAUGAACGCCAACGGCGAGGAGAUGCCCGUGCCCCAGCUGCAGAUCAUCGCUUCAAAGGGCUUCUCCUACGUCAACAGCUCGUGGGUCUACUGUCGCAGGAACCACUUCCAGCUCGACAUCACAGCCUCCUAUCCCAAGCACUUUGAUAACGGCAUGCCUACAUCGUCAUCUGUUGACCCAACACAGACUCCAUCCUACCUGAUCAUCGACGGCCAGAAGACCCCAAUCAACGGCCUGACACUCACAAUCAAGGGCAUCAAGAACCGCAUGGAGAAUGUGCAGCCCGAGCUCGAGGUCGAGCUGUUCCAGACCAACUCGAAGCGUGAGAAGCAGGGCGAGCAUGCACCCAAGCCCGUGGCCAUCCAGUUUGGAUCACUUGUCUCGAUACAGCGUCUGCACUUCAGAAAGGCCACACUGAACAAUGCACGCAGGAAUGGACAACCCAACCCACACCAAGAGUACAACCAGCUGGUCGUCUCGCUCUGGGGCCGCUGCAUGGCACAAGAGUACUGCAUAGUCUCUUACAUAUCGCCGGCACUAAUUGUGCGCACGGCCAUCAGCUCACCGUCAGUGUCGCCCGCCGCCACCGACCUCAGUCCCGCGCACACCCCCGCCGAGCCCAGCUCACCAUUCAAUACGCUCGGCUCCAACCUCUCCACCUAUCCCGACUUCUCCUCGAUGAGGCUGCAGUCGCCUGGACACUCCCCACGCCCCACGCUCACCCUGAGCAACAACCUGAUCCCGACAGCGUCAUCGACCACAAACAACCUGCAGCAAUCGGCGUCUGUCAGCAACAUCCCGGCCAGCUUCAACACCACCAAGCUGGGCGGAUGCGAGUGGACGCGAGGCGAGGCCGACAAGACCAUCAUUUACAACGGCAAGGUUGGCAUCAAUGUGGACAACCCGACGUUCGCGCUCUCGGUGCAGGGAACGAUCUAUGCCUCCGAGGGUGUCUACCAUCCUUCAGAUCUCCGAAUCAAAUACGAUGUCCAGGGUGUGGACAGCAAGCAGAAUCUCGACAAUGUAAAUAGAAUGAAGAUCUACGACUACAAGCUGCAUCCAGAGUGGAUGUUAAUGAAUGGAAUGGACCCAUACGACAACCAAGAUAGAGGUGUCAUCGCUCAAGAGUUAGGUGCCAUAUUACCACAAUCAAUCAAGACGAUUGGAAACAGAUAUAUAAAUGGAAGAGAAGUGGAGAACCUGUUAGUCAUCAAGAAUCAAGCGUUGAUAUUUGAGAACAUUGGUGCCACUCAAGAGCUGUCGAAGCAGGUCAAUUCACUAAAGAGCAAAGUGGAUCAAUACGAAGACAGAGUGCAGAGACUUGAGAAAUCAAGGAAGAGAUUUUUACUAUUGAUCGUUUUGCUUGCAUUCCUGUUUGUAAUCUUAUCAUACUUCAUGCUGGCCGCAUCAGGACGCCAUCAUGAUCGAGGCCACCUAAAAGGAAUGAAGAAUCAUAAGCACCACUAA